AGGACCUUCUCCUCACUCUCCCAUCCACUCCUUCAGCUCCAUCUUGUUGGCAACAAGGUGCACCUGCAGCCCCAAGACAUGUCCUGCUACAGCCCGUGCCGGCCCUGCCAGCCCUGCGGCCCCACCCCGCUGGCCAACAGCUGCAAUGAGCCCUGUGUCAGGCAGUGCCAGGACUCCACCGUGUUCAUCCAGCCCUCGCCCGUGGUGGUGACCCUGCCUGGCCCCAUCCUCAGCUCCUUCCCACAGAACACCGUGGUGGGAUCCUCCACCUCGGCUGCUGUUGGCAACAUCCUCAGCUCUCAGGGAGUGCCCAUCAGCUCCGGGGGCUUUGGCCUCUCUGGCUUGGGCAGUGGCCUCUGUGGCACGAGGUGCCUCCCCUGCUGAAGCUGCUGCCGCUGGCCCUGGGCAAGGAACCCAGGGACUCCCAGGAUGGAACCGCCCUGGGCACGCAG